ACGAACUUCACUUCCAAUGUCUGCUCUGCAAGCCGUCAAACGGUUUCGAGUACGGGAGCUGGGGGCUACUACUCUACCAAGUCCCGCUCUCGUGAAAUCAGCUCCAAAAACCAAAUUAUAUCCUAGUUCGGCAUCCUCGUCGCGCAACAAGGUUCCAGUUGCUAGCAUAGAGAAUCCAUUCAUCCCGAAGCUCAACCCAAAGACAGGCAGAUGGGCACCGCCGAAGUACUCCCUGCGCCAACAGGCUUUACUUGUCAAGAAAGCUCGCGAAUCUGGCACGCUUGCGCUUCUGCCUCCUGGUCCUAAAAUUUCGGUAGCAGAAAUUGCUGCUGCUGGGCAGGCUAUCGUUCCAGGGCCUUCGGCUUCAGAGAAAUCUCAAGUUCAAAACGCUGCCGCACCGUGGACGCGCCCAAUAGAAUGGACAGGUGAAGUGAAGGAGAAGAAAGUUCUUGGUGCGGAGGUUGGGAACAGAUUGUAUGCAGGGAAGAAGCGGAUGUUCAAGGGGCACAAGUGGCAGCGCAUUGCAGAGAAGAGGGAGAAACGGAGGGCUUUACUCAUGCGCAGUAUGCCCAAGCGUAUCAAAGAGUUUAAGCAGUAUUACAAGAGGCGACGCCCACACCCUCUCAAACCUCCCCGUACCGCUAAGAACGCGAAACUUCCGUUCUAGAUUUGUUUGCUAUUUACCGGCCAUUAGAGUUGUUUGUCUUAUCCCAGCCUAUAGUACAUGUGCUGGAAAAACCCGCUGCGACUCAAGGAACGAUCGAAAAUCUGAUCAGCUCAACUUGUUAUCCUGCGGCACAGUGCUAGUCUGUGCUGCCUUGCAAAUACUUAGUAUACUAAUUAUAAAGCUGGUCGAGCGCGUGCCACAUAAAUGCAUACUUACCCCAGCCUGC